UCUUCGUUCUUCUAUCUUACCUACCUAUCUGAAAACCCGGUGCUUGCUUUGUGGCAAAAUGCAACUCAUCAACCGUACAUAAGCAGGAGUUUUUAUCGCUAUUUUAAACUUUAAGUUAGUGUUACAACAGCAACUUGUGUGUAGUUUAGUUCACCCAGUUCCAGUUGAAGUUAUAGUUAUCAUUUAGGGGGGUUUUAUCGUCCGUUGUCAACCAGCGCAUCGUUGGCUGGGCGAAAGGAAACACACAAAUAAAACGCAAACCAUUAGCGUUAACGUUAGCUAUUAUACAAUCCUUUCUGUCAUUUUUUUUUAAAUUCGGCCCUGUUGCUACUUUACCUGCACCGACAUGGCUACUAAUCCUCCAGGACAAGCCUUUCCAAACAAGGCGCGGGUGGCGAUCCUGGCCGAGCUGGAGAAGGAGAGGAGACGGCUGAUGAGCACUCCCGGAGGCAGCAUCUCGCUGUCCAGACCUAGUCUGAAGGAGUUCAGGGACAAUGCAGAACAGCAGCACAUCGCUGCCCAGCAGAAAGCUGCCCUGCAGCAUGCACACGCACACUCCACAGGCUUCUUCAUCACUCAGGACUCCUCAUUCGGGAACCUCAUCCUCCCUGUCAUUCCACGCCUGGAGCCGGAGACUUCUUGACCUUUUUUUAACCUCUUGUUGUCCUCCUGCUGCCAGGUGUGAGAGGAAGCUUUCAAACAACACACACGCACAUCAGACCCACGUCGCCCCCGCGUUCUCUCUUCUAAGUCUGGGAUUAAUGGACAGUGGUUAGGCAGGUUGUUAACUAUCUCAGGGGAGGGGGAAUCUGUCAUUUCUACAUUUUCCAGCCUAACAGACUGGCUGCUGAAUUUAGGAAAGCUAAACAGCAACAGUUGGAAGAAGGUUCCAGAUAGCUGUGAAACAUCAUGUGGAGUGGUGCAGGGGCUGAAAACAAACUCUACACAAAUAAACGCUGUCCCGCUCGGUUGCCUUUUACUGCACUGAUUCAUAAAAUUAACAUUUUGUCAAGGUUUUUACAUUAAUGGAUUAGUAUCCAUAUUUGGAGAAUACAAUUGUCACACACUUGUGUAUAUA